UUUGGAGUUCAGGAGAUUGUCUUGACCAGGACCACACCCCUAAAUGCAUUGAAGCAACUGCCAUGUGAUUGGUUGAUUAGAUAAUUGCAUUAAUGAGAAAUUGAACAGGUGUUCCUAAUAUUCCUUUAGGUGAGUGUGUAUGUAUAUAUGUAUGUGUGUGUAUAUAUAUACACACACACACACACACAACCUCCUUACUCGUCACAAGUAAUUAGAUCAGUAUCUUUUUGUUGGUUAAGUUAAUGGGCAUUAUGAAAAGUGAUUGUAUCAAAAGUGAUUUAGAAUUGUUUUUAUAAACUCGCAUGUGGUUAUCUUAGGUCAUCUGCUGCCGCAUGCCCAUAUAAUGCUACAGUGUUGGCUGAGGCAACUUUGAAAUGAUGGCUGCCCAGUCCGUGUCCAUAGACAAAUAUCAAGAGGGAGACCAGCAGAUGCAGGUAUUGGAGCAAGUGGACAGUGAGUCUGAAAAAGGAUUUGCCAAUGGAAACGCAGGAAGAUCUAGCAGCACUGCAUCCGCUGAACCGCAGACACAAAUGGAUACAGACAAAGCCUCUAUAUAUAGACACCCCCUUUUCCCUCUUUUGGCUCUUCUGUUUGAGAAGUGUGAGCAGUCCACUCAGGGCUCUGACUGUGUAACUUCAGCCAGUUUUGAUGUUGACAUUGAGAACUUUGUACGCAGUCAGGAGAAAGAGGGCAAGGCAUUCUUUAGUGAAGACCCUGAUCUCGACAACUUGAUGAUCAAGGCCAUACAAGUGCUGAGGAUUCAUCUAUUAGAGCUAGAAAAAGUUAGUGACCUUUGCAAGGAUUUCUGCAGCCGUUACAUUUCGUGCCUCAAGACCAAGAUGAACAGUGAGACAUUGCUGAGUGGAGACCCAGGCAGCCCAUACUCUCCAGACCACGACCAGAUGUCAAGCUCUUUCUCAGGGGCCCUCGGCACCCAGGGCAUUGUGGUGCCUGCAUCAGGCCUUCAUCAAGGCAAUGUUGCUGUGACAACAGUCAGUCCAUCACAAGUGGUGACAGGUAAUACAUUAUAUCAGCCUGUGACAGUUGUCACACCACAGGGGCAAGUGGUGACACAAGCUAUCUCACCUGGAACAAUACAUAUUCAGAACUCACAGCUCCAACUUCAGCUCAAUCAGGAUUUGAGUUUCUUCGGUGCAGAUGACAGCUCAUCUAAAAACAAGCGUGGUGUUCUUCCUAAACAAGCCACCAAUGUCAUGCGCUCCUGGCUCUUCCAGCAUAUUGCUCACCCCUAUCCCACUGAGGAAGAAAAGAAACAGAUUGCAACUCAAACAAACCUGACUUUACUCCAAGUCAACAAUUGGUUCAUUAAUGCCCGCAGACGGAUCUUGCAGCCAAUGAUGGAUGCUAGUACCACAGAGACACCCAAAACCAAGAAGAAAACUCCCCCGAGCCGCCCACUACACCGCUUCUGGUCUGAUACCGUCGCCUCUUCUGGAACCCAGGAGCAGCUCACAAUGCAAGGCGGUGGCAUGGUUACAGUUGGGAUGAAUGUAGAUGGCUUCCAGGCGCUUUCAUCAGAUGGAGCAACUCUUGCCAUGCAGCAAGUCAUGAUGGGGAAUCACAGUGAGGAUGAAUCAGAAGAAAGCGACGAUGAAGAUGACAACUUGUCAUCAACCAACAUGACCGUGCUGGGCUUAGAUGUUAGCGACUGAGCCACAUGGAUGGGGAACACACUGCAUGCCUACAUACACAUUGGAAAACUUGAACAUUUGGAGCAAGAUAUCCAGUCCCCUCAUAGAUUUUCAGCAAAGCUGAACUACAAAAAAAUGUGCACUACAAAAAUUAGGAGUACUGUAUGUUGGCCUAUACAACUGUAUAUUAAACACAAAUGCAUAUGAACAGUUUACAGAGCACAAUGUUACUAAAAGAUGCCAUGUAUGAAGAAUUGCAUUUCAGCACCUGUUUUUAUUGCAUAGUUAUGCAGUCAAGUGCACUUUUAUGUAUGAGAUACUCUUCUAGAACAUAGACAAGAAAGAUGCAAGAACUUAACACCUACCGGCAAGUUUUUAAGCCAGUGCAUGUUUGGUAAUGAUUUUGUUUUCUAUUUUAAGUCAUUUGAAUGCCAAGAUUUUGAGAGUUUGUCCUUGUGCUGGUUUUAUUCACCCUGCAUGCUAAUGUUUUCUAAAGUAUGUUCUCAUUUCUGAGAAAAGAGAUUCUUAUUUUUAGAUAUUAACGUUGUACAAAAAAAAAGUGUUGUUUUUCCGUUGUUGUUUUUUUUUUUUUAUAUAUAUAUAUAUAUAGGUUUGUGUUUUAUAAGGAAUAUUUCUGUACAGAAGCAUUAUAGCUAUGUGCCCUGUUUCAGGGGAUGCUUAAACAUUUUUAGAAAAGAAAAAAAAUAUGGAUUGAAAACCAUUUUUAAAUAUGUAAAUUGGUUUUAACACACACAAGUUAUAAAAUGCCUUACAUAUUCUUCUGUAAAUCUGUUUAGCUGAUACGCACAGAAGGCCUAAUACAUUGGCUAUGUUCAGUUAAAUAUCAGUUACAUCAAGGUCUCUUCCAGAUAAUAUUUGUCCUUAUGUAGAAGUUGUUCCUUUGUUUCAGAGGGGGCACUGUAUUUGGUCAAUAGGACAGAGACUUUAGUCUCAAUAAUGUAGUUUUGAUCUAACAUAAGCUUACCAUAUCAACUAGAUUGAUUAAAAGAUGCUUUGGAAAUUAUGAUGGCAUAAAAUGUUCUUAUCAAAGUCAAAUAAAGGUCAAGGCUGAAUCUUUUGCCACAGUACUGCAUUAAAUGUUUGUUAAUUGUGUGCAUUUUAUACAAUUAAAGGUGCAAUAUGUAAUAUAUUUACUGUACUAAAGCAUACAAUUAUCAUAAUAUGUUAUCACAUAAACAUGCUAAGUAGAAAUACUGAAUUUCUGUUUGUGUUUUGGCCUGUAUGCUCCCGCCCACUGCUCAUUUCCCAACAGAAUUCCUAUCUAGCUAACAUUGACAGUUAUAAAAAAAAAUCCACAUGAGCUGGUUGAUAAUUUGAAAACAAUAAAAACAUUGCAAAUGUAUACAUAGCUGAUAAACUUAAAAUGUAAGGCUCGUCGCUUGCCAUUGUCAGUUUGCUUGUUCCUGUUGCGUGUCCUCAAUCUGGCAACACGCGUGAGCUUUGAGUCUGGGGAGGAGAGGCCGGGCGAAACAUCUCUCUCCAAUAUUUUGAAUUUGGACUGCAGUGCCCAUUCUAAACGCUUGAUAUCAAUGUUAUAAACUGCCCCUUUAAGGACUGUAAGCAUUACA